AUGAUCGCCCCGCCCCGGCCGGUGUCGGUCAAUUCACUCGCCAGAGCCCCAGCCCAGUUGCCGCUUCCAAGCAAAACAGUCCGCAGCACAAGUGCAGAGAUUCCCUUUCGCGAUAGCCUCUCACUCCCAGUGGAGAUCGAUACAGUCCCCGCAGUCCCCACUUCGUCUGGCCUCGGCAGAGACGAGACUCAGUUCGCGAAUUUGCCUAUUGAAAUUCACGAGAAUAUCCUGGAUCACAUCUUCGGCGAGAGAGCGGCGGCUUCGUCUAAGACUUCCGCGCAAAAUUGGAGCAAGGCUUUUCGUCAUCCGCGGCGCAAGGCACUCUCAAAUCUCGCCUUGAUAUGCCGAGUGUGGACUCCACUCGUCCAGAGCCGCAUCUACAGACACAUCAAGGUCAAAGGAACUCAAGAUGGCCUGGCCGAAUGCGCACGAUGGUUCAUAACUAGUCCACAUCUUAUUCUCCACGUCCGUCAUAUCGAGGUUUGGAUUCCCGUCUGGGGCGACCGAGUCCAUCGACCUCGUGUGUCUCGUUCGAUCGGCCCUGCCCCAUGGGGAGAUCCAUCCGUACAGCUAGAAUGGUGGGCUCAGCCCGAGGCUCAAAGCACAAACGAAAUCCACUAUCACACUGCAUCUCGGACUGCUACACUAGAGGAAAUCUUUGAACUGGCGCAGGGUUUCUUCGCCGCUGCCCGCGUUCUCACACUCGAGGGAGGUCACUGUAAGAAUCCGCCCAUGGUCCAGCAUUUCAGAGGACUUCCCGGUCGCCCUACUUCAUUCUUCAGCUUUCGGCAGCUUCCCGUGCUAAAGAAUAUCGAAACUCUCGUUAUGCGCGGUGCUUGGAACUUGAUGCGCGACUUUGAAGACUGGCAUCACAUUUCACGGGCGCUUCCAGCCUUACGAGAAUGGCACUGUUCUUACGCUCAGCCCCAGCCGAAUGCCUACAUCACCAUGAUGCACAUCUUGAUUCGUCCUCCGCCUACAAUUCGACAUCUUAAUCUGACGCUAGAGGGCUUUUACAACAACAAAGAUGUUACGCAGACCUCAUUCCCCAUUCCCCGAGCUGUGCUUCCGCCAAUCUGCACUUUAAUUGGCCAGUCAGCACCACACCUCGAGUCUCUUUCCUUCACGGGAAGAAUCUGCGCAAGCUUCUUUGAGGCUAUGAAAUCGGAGUUGGGGAAGAUGACAACAAGUUCCCGUCUGAGGUCCCUCGACAUUGUAGUCAAGUCAUGUUGUCGCGAUGAAGCAGCCAACAAGGAAGCUUUCAUGGUACCCCCAACGCCAGAAUUAUCCGGAAUCAACAACAUGAAUUUCAUCUACAUCUUCGAGUCAAUGGUCCUCGAGGCAGUCAAGGGUCUAGCCCGUUUGCCCCAGCUCGACUACAUCCGGAUCCGCUACAUUGACCUGGACUCGACCUGUCCUCUGCUGAAUCCUUACUUCCAACUCUCCAACAAUGAGUGCACGGGUCUAUGGAGUCAUGAAAUUCUCACCGCACUCCAGCUCAACCGACCCAACGUGCACUAUGUCGAACUCGCAGAUGGCAUCUACCCUCAAUAUGGCAAAAACAACCAAAUGGUCGGGGCCAUCUACCCACGAACUCGACCCCAAAGCAUCAAUGCAGCCAUGUACAAAAUAAUCGCCGACGUGAACAAGUUCUAA